UCAUAACCAUUUUAAAGGAAUAGCGAGUGGGGAUAUAUCUAACUGUGCGAAUAGUAUAAGUAGGCCUUCAGCACCGCAUCCAACCAGUUUGUCAUUAUCCGUGCAUAAAUGUACAUUCCUUUCACUUUCUGCAUUUAUUCUCCAAGAUUGAAAGAAUAUUUCAUCAUGAAUCGAAUAAUCAUACUGCUCACUUUCAUUGCGCAACUAAAGGCUGCACACGUCCAUUUGGUACCAAAUAACGCUAAAACGAAAAAUGUAACAGGGGAACUAACUUUGGUUCAAUGCGAGAAUAACUUAAUUGAAAUUACCGGAAAAGUAUAUGGACUUACACCAGGAUUACAUGGUAUCCAUGUACACGAAAAGGGAGACUUACGAGAUGGUUGUAUGUCUACCGGCCCACAUUUCAAUCCUGAGAAUGUCACUCACGGUGGACAAAAUAGUCCAGUGAGACAUGUUGGCGAUUUAGGUAACAUAUUAGCAAACGAAAGCGGAGUUGCCGAUGUAAAUAUCAAAGAUUCUAUUAUUUCUUUUACUGGAAAUAACAAUAUCAUAGGACGUGCAAUUGUCGUUCAUUCCGGCGAAGAUGAUCUUGGAAAAGGCAGCAGUCCUCUUUCUGCGUCUACUGGAAAUUCUGGAGAUCGCUGGGCUUGCGGUAUAAUCAAAGCUGAAUAAAUUCCUAAUCUAUAUUUAAUCUUGAUCAUUAUAUUUAUACAUAAUUAGGCCUCAGCGAUUUUGCUUAUACAUUAAGUCCAAUAUUAAAAUUUAAGUUCUAAUGCCUUAUCCUAUGUUUCUCCUCAUCAUAAGAAUCCUAGAACUUUAAUUUCUGUUUAACAUGCUAUUACUUAUUAAAUAAAUGCUUUCAAAAUGCUA